CUGACGUUGGUUAUAGAUAUUUGGCAGCUGUUCAACCUUCAUUAGAACCUAAAUUUUCAACAAUUUAUUCUGCUACAGAUGAAAAUAAUGAUAUAUUAUAUAUCAAUAAAACUCAAAUAGGAAAUGGCACAAUACGACCUUAA